UCCUUUGUUAAAUUCGGGCUUUGAAGAAAGCCCAGCCCAAGAGAAGGAAACUAGGGUUUUGGGAUUUAUAACAAUCGUGUCGCUCUUGUUCCUCAUCUACCGCACUCCUCUUCGUUCGUCGUCUUCUCUGUACCAUUCACGUUUGCAGAGAUUUUUGUGAAGGAGUUUUCUAACGUUCAACCAAAGAUGCAGAACGAGGAAGGACAGAUCACUGAGCUUUACAUCCCUAGGAAGUGUUCUGCUACAAACAGAUUGAUUACUGCGAAAGACCAUGCUUCCGUUCAGAUUAACAUUGGGCAUGUGGAUGAGAAUGGUAUCUACAAUGGCCAAUUCUCCACCUUUGCUCUCUGCGGCUUCAUCCGUGCUCAGGGUGAUGCUGACAGUGCCCUAGAUCGCUUGUGGCAGAAGAAGAAAGUUGAAGUUAAGCAACAGUAGACGCCCAUGUUACUUUGUUAUGUAUUAAUUUUUACUUUUGCUAGUAAUAUUUGAGGAUUAUGAUUGUCAUUUUGAGCAAAUACUUGUUCUGGAUUUUCGUUGGUACUUGGUACCUCCAGCUAAGGUUGUUUUUUUGACAAUGCGUUGAUGAGUAUUCAGUUAUCUUAUAUUUCAAUCGCAAA